UUUACUCAUGAAAAAAAAUAAAGUAAAAAACCCUAAAAAAAAUGGCGGCAUGAUUUUCCCUCCUUUUUCAAACCCUUCAUGGGACUCAAUUUCAGCUUCCCUCCAAAUCGAUCCGCUCAAUUCCAAAAUCGUUCCCCUUUUGGGAAUCCUGCUCUUGAAUUUCGAAAUUUUCAUAAACUUUUGGAGCCAAAUUCGAAAAUUUCUCCACCCAUUACUUACAGAUCGAUCUACGAGAGGUAUUCUCCUCCUCUUGAAUCUAAACCCUAGCUUCUUCUUCCCCUCUCUGCUCUCCUUCUUCAGCAAAUUCCAUUUGGGUUCGUUGCCGGAGACGUUGCUAAUGGCGGAUAUUUUCGAUUCUUAUGACUCUGAUCCACCGCCGUCGCCUAAAAUCGAAAACCCAGUCGAAACCCUAGACGAGUCUUCACCUACCGCGCCGAUUCGAGCUCUUGCUAACUCGCUCGCUCUUUCCUCACCGAUUCGCCAGAUUCAGAAUCAGGCUUCCCCCCCGGCGAAAUCCUCACCCCAGAUUCAGAACCCAGACGAAUAUUCCUCUUCCCCGCCGGAUAAAACCCUAGUCGCGCCUCCUCCAGUAGACGAAGAGGAAGACGAGGAGUUCAGAGAUUCACAAUCUCAGAUUUCGCCUGACGACAGCAAAAUUCUCCAAAUCGCGAGCACCUCGUACUCCCUCGACGCCAACAUAGGCCCGUGUAAUCGCCCACCGAGGAGAUACACAGCGGAUUCUAACUAUCAAAGCGACGAUGAUCUGAAGAUGGAGCCGGAAAAAUCUAUGGAUUUCUCAUGGUCGUCUCAGAAGAAUGAACCCACCGGCGUUGGUGCUGGAUUAGAUAACUCCGGCAACACUUGUUUCAUAGCUUCGGUGUUACAGUGCUUCACUCACACUGUGCCUCUCAUCGAUAGCCUUCGCUCAUACAAAUACCAAAACCCUUGCAACUGUGGAAAUGAAGUGUUCUGUGUUCUUCAUUCUCUCCGAGAACAUAUCGAAUCUGCUCUGAGGUAUUCAGGAUAUGAUUUAAGGAUCGACCGGUUUCGCGAUAACAUAAAUUAUUUCUCACCUGACUUCCAAAUUAACAAUCAAGAAGAUGCGCAUGAGUUUCUUCAGUCGUUUUUGGAUAAGUUAGAGAGAUGCUGCUUGGAUCGUAGAAUUAAGCCUGGCUCAGACUCUUCUCAAGAUAACAUUGUUGACCAUGUCUUUGGUGGGCGUCUUGUUAGUAAGCUUCAUUGUUGCAACUGCGAUUCCUUUUCCGAAACAUUUGAGCCUUCCAUUGGAUUGAGUCUCGAAAUCGAGGAUGUGGAUACACUUAAUAGUGCGCUAGAGUCCUUUACUCGAGUCGAGAAACUCGAGGACCAGUUAACGUGUGAUGACUGUAAGGAGAAAGUGUCCAAGGAGAAGCAGCUUACGCUUGAUAACUUACCUCUGGUUGCUUCUUUCCAUCUAAAGAGAUUUAAGAAUGAUGGGCUUUUUAUGGAGAAGAUAUUCAAGCAUGUAGAGUUCCCUUUGGAGUUGGAUUUGCUCCCUUACAUGAGCAGUAACGAAAAUCCUGAAGUUUCCACAAAAUACCACCUUUAUGCUAUGGUGGAACAUCUUGGGAGUGGAGUGUCUUUUGGUCAUUACUCAGCGUAUGUGAGAUCAGCUCCCGAGACAUGGCAUCAUUUUGAUGAUGCAAAGGUCAGAAAAAUCAGCGAAGAAUUUGUUCUAUCUAAGCAUGCGUAUCUGUUAUUUUACGCUAGAGAAGGAACUCCUUGGUUUUCUACUGCUUUCGAAGAGCUGAAGACACUAUUUGAAGCUACUCCGUCAAAUUUCUCGCCAAAGUCAGUGCUUGAGACUACCUGCAGAGAGGAGUGUGUCUCCGAUCACAGUUACCAGAACGUCGGUAAUUCGAACAAAACCUGUGAUGGCUCGGCGGGUGUAUCGACCCCGGGUGGGAAUUACUCGGAGUUCCGUUGUGAUGAGCCGCAAGAAGAUGUGUUUCAUUCAGCUGAGUGUAGCAGUGAUAACGAAUCCUUGGGGUAUGAUGAUUUCGAGUCACCUAAAGGUUAUGGAUUUGAGGAACCAUUUGGUGAGACCUCUCACCAAGAAGAAACUAAUGCGUAUCCAUCUGGCGACAGAGCUACAGUCGAUGAUGAUGACGCUUCUGUGCCUGUGGUCAAGAUUCAAGAGAAUGUCCCGUCUCCAAAACGAAAAGCUGAUGAGGGAGCUACGUUUGCUGAAGUUAAUCGGCCUAAGCACAAGUUUCAAAAGCCAAAUUCCUUUCCUAGACGAAACGGAACCUUUAAGAUUCAACGUGACCAUUUGCGAAAGAAGGACAGAGAAGAAGAAACUCGUGGAACAAAACUCGAGGACAUAGUUGGAGCUUCUGCUGCAGAUCCUAAGGAUAAAGGUUAUGCUCUUUCAUAUCUGAAUAGAAGACCGUCUAACCCUCGCUCUCGGAUGCUCGCUGCAGCUUUGGGUGGUCCUUUGAUCAAGAAAAAGAAAAUCUCUAACCUCAGAAGAUCGAGUCUUCACAGGAAUCUCUCUGAACCGGCUAUG